GUUGCUUUUCUCGACUCAGGUGCUCAACCUCUAGUUUCAAGGCACAAGUUACCUUACUGAAACUCAUCUUCGUCAGCUUCAGACAGCAAUGUGCGUAUGAUUGUUCACAUUAUCUCUCUUUUAAAACCCUCUAACCUUUUUGAUUUGCAUUUUGCAGAGUCGGAAUUGUGCCCUGCAGGUUUUUGUCAGCUAUUUGCAUUGAGGCACUCUACUCGAAAAAUUCCACAAAUUGUUCGCUGCCGGCGAGAUGUCUGUCGAUGAGGAAUUCGAAACCGUCAAAAUAUCUGACUGCGACUGGCGCUGCGGAAAGACUUUGAUGGAUCAGUUGUGGUUCAUGUACGAAAAGCAGCUAGGCGUCGAUCUCAAAAUCGCUGUUAUUAGUGACGGCAAUAAAAAGACGUAUCAAUGCCACAAAAUGAUCGUGCGGAGGCUCACCGCAGUGUUCGACCUGACUCUGAAUGAAUCUGGCGAUGGCUUCCUUUCUUUGGACAUUGGCAACCUGGACCCGAACAUUUUCGCUGUGAUUUUGACGUAUGCAUACACCGACAAGCUAGAUUUUGAAAACAUGGACAUGGAGGACGUUAUUGCAGUCCACAAGGUGGCAAGUUUGUACCAAAUGGACGCCAUCAGGCAGCAAUGCAACAAGAUGUUUUUGGUCAAAAUGAACAAAAGCAAUGUUUGGGAUUUGCUCACUUUCAUUGAGGAGCAGCCGAAUGUGGAUUUGGAGCGCUGUUUGAGCUCGUUUCUUUCCAUGAGCGUCACUGGUUGUCUGGAUUCGCGCAACUUCCUCAACUGCAGCCUCAAAGUGCUGGAAUUCGUCUUGGGCCAGGAGGAGCUGCCUGUCGCUGAAGUGAAUUUGAUCGAAUCCGUGAUUCGAUGGGCCAAACACAAGGAGCCGGAACUGACUCCGGAAAAAUCGAAAGAGCUUCUUGGCCCGUGCUUGGGGAAAAUCCGCUUUUUGUGCCUGACUCCUGCCGAGUUUUCAGAGGUAGUCGCUCCGAGCGGAUUGCUGCCCCAAGACGACUGUCUCUCCAUUUUGGUCAACUUGGUUUCUGGAAACCACCCGAUGCCUCUGCCUGACCACAUUUGCAAACUGGAAACUCCCAGGACCAAACUGCCAGAUGAGCCACUUGAGCCAAAUUCGCCCACCCCUUCCUCGGAGGAGCAGCUAGAAAAUCCGACAUUUCCUGCAAAAGUGGAGCCCAGUGCAGCUCCUGUGGUGACAAACCCAACAAGUGAGGAUGAGAAUAAGAAUGCUGCUUCAUCAACGUCUGGGGAAAUUGAUUAUUUGCUAGUUCGCCGUCCUGCUGAUCCCAAGUUCCAGCUGAAACUUUUUUCGCUGCAAGCCCCAGCAACGAUUAGUGUUUACAUCAAAGUGUCAAAAUCAGCAAGAUUCGGAGGUGUAAGGAUUGCGUCUCAAGAGACCCCUGCUGGGUGCGAGCCUGGCACUUACAAGGAGGACAUGUUUGUACAUGCGUUCUCAAUCGCCAGCAAUGAUGAAAUCACGAAUACCCCAAUUAAAUUACGAGCUGCGUUUAUAACCUUUGCUCGAGAGGUAGAAAAUGGACCAAAUAAAUAUUUUGAUGUGAUGUUCAAGACACCAUGUAUCUUGGAAGCAAACCAGGAGUACACUUUGCAGUUAACUUUCCGCAAACCAGGACAGUACCUGUUCAGUAAAAGGCUUGAUGCUGUUACUAUUAAUGGCUACACAUUCAACUUUAGUCUGGUUAAACCCAGCGCACAUGGUGCAGACCCAAUUGAAGCUAUUUUCCUUGCGGUUUGAUCACAAGAAUACCUAUGAGAUGUAAGUUGAAAAACUUUCUUAAUGACUGAAUUUUGUUCAAAUAAUAUACAGACUGAACAAAUGAAAAUAUACAACAAUUCUAUAUUUUAUUAGAAUUUUUUAAAGAAUAUUUUAAGUAAACUCAGUGAACCAAUAAAAAAUAUUGCAGCUCAAUCCUACAGUAUUAUUUAUAUCCGUUUUAAUAUAAAAAUUGAUAAAAUUGAUUGCAACAAUAUGUUACUCCUGAGGGCAAUCAUAAAAAAUGGAAGGAAUGCUGGGC